AUGAAAGAUUGCCUCGAAAUUCUUGGCUCCUGCAACGGCUUACUCUGCUUGCUCGAAAUUAUAUGUAAUUUUGUUCUGCUGUGGAACCCUUGCACCGGAGUCGAGUCCGAUUGGAUUGAAAUUGAGCAAAGAGGAGUAGAAGUUGUGAAUCACGGUUUCGGCUACGAUCAUGUGCAUGACAGGUACAAGCUCUUGUUGUUUGUUCAGAAACGUCGCCAAGAACCUAAAACCCCAAUGGUUUUGACGUUUGGCGCAAAUAAUUCUUGGUCAACAAUGCCGGAUUUCCCAUUUUACCCUCAACGAUGCAAAGGGGAAUUCGUGAGUGGCACUCUCAACUGGAUUCACAAGGUGCCUGGCACUCUCAAUUCUUGGAUGAUAGUUUUCUUUGACUUGGCCAGGGAGAGUUUCGGUGAAGUAUUUCUGCCUUUUAUGAAUGGCGAAAACGUGUGCGAGCCUGUGUUGCAAGUGGCGAGGGAAUGCCUUUGCGUUUGUGUUGACCAUCAGAAAAGUCAUUUUGAUGUGUGGAUAAUGAAGGAGUAUGGAGUUGAAGAGUCUUGGACUAAAUUGAUUGUGAUCUCACAUGUGGAACUCAAGCAUUAUGAACCUCCUUAUCCUUUGUACCUGGUGUACAUCUAUGAGAAUGGUGUUGUUUUGGCCAUUCCUCCUACAAGUUACAAGUUAGUUUUGUAUGACCCAAAUGAUCAUAACCGGUUACAUUAUCCUUUGUUUGACAGCUCAAGUGAUGGCAUGACAAAAUUUCCCAUGAGUGAGAGAGCAGCUCCCAGGGGCUUUCAUGUUUUCCAUGAAAGCUUGGUUUCACCCUCACAUCUCGGCUUUCCAAGUGAAGUAGCUUAUUGGAAUUGA